AUGCACCAGGACUCCGUGUCGCUGUGGCAGCUAGUGGAGGAGCAUAUUCCGCUCCCGGAGCGGCCCGAAGUGAAGAGGAUCCUUGGGGAAGCGGCGGUGGACCUGAGCCUGGAGCUGCGGGCGGAGUUGGCGAUGCUGUGGGAACUGCUCCAGGAGGCUCGGUCCUCCCAAACCUCUGGCUCCUGUCCCACUUCCGACCCCUGCUCCCUUCUGGCACCACCGCUGCUUCUAAGGGACCUUGUGCGCCAGGAACUCCGCCAGCUGCUCCAAGGUCUCCGCCACAAGGCCAUCUGUGAGGGCAGGGACCAGGCCCAGGCUUGGGUCCAGUAUAGCCCCAGGGUCAUACGCUUUGCCUUGGAGGAGCCCAGAUGUGAUUCUCCAGAGCAGAGGAUACUUGCAAUGAGAGCUGGUGAACCCAGCAGCAGCCACAGAGACCUCAGUAUCAUCAGGGACCAACUGAACGUGUCUGACAUCGACCAGGUUGCCGGGCACCUGCGGGGCCUCCUAGAGCAGGAGUGUCGUAGCUUGGAGAGGGACAUCUCCGUCCUGCAGGGCUGCCUGGAAGAGGAAUACACGCGGGCUUCCCAGCCCCUGGAAACAGCCCUAGAGCCCACACUGGCAGAGCUACAGGAACAGAAGAAAGUCAUGGAACGGGACCUGAAGGCCCCUCUGGGGCCCUCCUCUGUCUCCCCCAGCCACAGGCAGCAGCUGUCGGGCCGGCCCCUCCCCCUGGGCACACAGGCGAUGAGGUCCUCCAUUCAAGGCCCCAGACCCUUUCCUUGCCCCCGUGGGGCUGCUGGAGUUUUGGCUGUGCCUACACCUCCUUCGGAGUGCCGCCCCCGACCUCGAGGCCUGACUGCCACUUGCCGCUGGGGACGGCAGCUCCGAUGUAGCACCCGGGAAGGGUCAGCUCCCACUGCAGUGUCCGGGGUGGCACCCCAGGCCCCCACCUGAAGAGCUGAUCACAAAGCUGUCCCACCCCUCACCUGGAGGAGAGUGUCCCCAUCUGUGCGGCAGAGCUGGAACAGGGCGUAGAGUGGGAUGCAAAUGAC